CAACAGAAUUAUGCUUCUCCUUUCACAAAGAAUGAAGCUUUUGAAAAAACAUAACAAAAUGUCUCUACUAAACCUUCUCCUUUUCCUUGUAAUCACUCCACUUCUAUGCCACGCCACAAACCCUAAUCCCGAUUUCAUCUUCACCGGCUUCCGAUCAACGGACCUGACCCUCAAAGGUAUAGCCGAGAUCAAACCCAAUGGUCUAUUAGCCCUAACAAACGGAACAAGACAAAAAUCAGGCUACGCAUUUUACCCAAAUCCAAUCACCUUCAAGAACUCACCAAACGAGUCCGCAAUCUCCUUCUCCACUUCCUUCGUUUUCGGGAUUAUACCCGAAUACCCGACCCUAAGUGGCCACGGAAUCUCCUUCGUAAUCGCUCCUCAACCGAGCCUGCCAAACGCCUUACCGAGCCAAUACUUGGGUCUAUUCAACGAAUCCAAUAACGGUAACAUAACCAACCAAAUCAUCGCUGUCGAAUUCGACACGAUCCAGAGCACGGAAUUCAAUGAUAUCAACGACAAUCAUGUCGGAAUCGACAUCAACGGUUUGGAUUCGGUGUUGUCGUAUCCAGCAGGGUAUUAUGGAAACGACGGUAGAUUUCAAAAUCUAAGCUUGAUUAGCGGAAAUGCUAUGCGGGUUUGGAUCGAAUAUGACGGUGGAAAAAAACAAAUGAAUGUAACAAUGGGUUCAAUUCGAAUGAGAAAACCGUCUCUACCGACUCUCUCUUUAGAUAAAGAUCUGUCUCAGUAUAUAAACCCGAUUAUGUAUGUCGGGUUUGCAUCAUCAACCGGGUCGGUUUCUACUUCACAUUAUUUGUUGGGAUGGAGCUUUAAAAUGAAUGGUGAAGCUAAGGAGAUUGAUAGUUUCAAGCUUCCAAAGCUACCUCGGAUUAAUAGACAGGAAAAGAUGUUUAAUUAUUUGACAAUGGUGUUGCCUUUUGUUCUGAUGUUUGUUCUAGCAGCUGUUAUAUCAGCUGUGGUUUAUUAUGUAAGAAGAAAAAGAAAAUUUGCAGAAGAAAUUGAAGAUUGGGAGCUUGAUUAUGGACCUCACAGAUUCAAAUACAAAGAUUUAUACUUUGCCACAAAGGGAUUUAAUGAAAAAGGAUUGUUGGGUACAGGUGGAUUUGGGCAGGUUUAUAAAGGAGUUCUAUCAAGUUCAAAAAUGGAUAUUGCAGUCAAGAGAGUUUCUCAUCAAUCAAGGCAAGGGAUGAGGGAAUUCGUGGCGGAAAUAGUCAGCAUAGGUCGUCUUCGUCACCGUAACUUGGUCCAGCUCCUUGGAUAUUGUCGUCGAAAAAAUGAACUAUUAUUAGUUUAUGAUUACAUGUCUAACGGAAGCUUAGACAAGUUGCUUUAUGAUGAGCCAGGGUGCACUCUAAAUUGGAGGCAACGUUUUCGUGUCAUUAAAGGAGUAGCAGCCGGACUUCUCUACUUGCAUGAGGAAUGGGAACAAGUUGUUAUUCACAGAGAUGUUAAGGCGAGUAAUGUCUUAUUAGACAGCGAAUUAAAUGCGAAAUUGGGUGAUUUUGGUUUGUCUAGGUUAUAUGACCACGGGACUGAUCCACGUACUACACAUGUGGUUGGUACAAUAGGUUAUCUUGCCCCCGAACAUACGAGAACCGGGAAAGCCACGCCAGCCACCGACGUGUAUUCGUUUGGUGCAUUUUUGUUGGAAGUUGCCAGUGGAAAGAGGCCAAUUGGAUUGAAAGAUAAUGAAUUCAUUUUGGUUGAUUGGAUUUUUUGUUUUUGGUCAAAGGGUUUGAUUUUUAAUGCGGUUGAUCCAAAUUUAGGUGGUGUAUUUGACGCCCAAGAAGUGGAAAUGGUUAUGAAGCUUGGUUUGCUUUGUUCAAAUACGAACCAAUACUCUAGACCGACUAUGAGGCAAGUGGUGCAGUUUUUAGAAGGCGAUAUUCCAUUGCCGGAUAUCUCUUCGCUUGGAAUAUCGGCCGAGGCCUUGUCGUUUGCUCACAAACAAGGGUUCGAAGAUUUCUCAAUGUCGUAUUCGUCUUCAUUAAUGAACAAGGCGUUUUCUACAUCUAUGGCUGGAUCGCAUCUCUCUGGAGGCAGAUGAUGUUUUUUUUUCUAUAGUGUUUCUGUAUACGUAAAUAUUUAAAUAAAGAUUGGUGAACAAAAAAUGUUUAGACUCUAUAAUAUAUGGCAUUGGAAGAAUAUUGUCACUA